AUGGCAAUCACCAACAACGAUCUAAACCAGAUAUCAGCGUCGGACCUCCUUAAGGAAGCUGCGAAAAUCAAAGAGUUCAGAGGCGACGGGACCUACGACAUAUCUUCAUUCAUUGGAGAGGUGGAACUGAUCCUGCCCUUGUUCGACGAGAACCAAGCGGUCAAAAAUUAUGUAUGGGAGAGACACAUAAAGACCAAGAUCCAAGGAGAGGCGCUCCAGAUAAUACGGACACUAAACAGAGACUCAUCGUGGGACGAAGUGAAGACAGAACUGAUACGGAACUUCGGAAUAAGGGAAAGCUACCACCAACUCUUCCACCAGGCCAUCACAACCAGGCAGUAUAAUGGGCAAUGGAUCCUGAAACUUUUGAUCCUGACAGCAAUUUGGACCCUGGGGCUGGGACAAGUAACAAUAGAUAAAAUAGAAAGCAACAAAGGAUAUAUAGAAAUACAAACAGGCGAUGCAGAUAUAGUUAAGUCAUAUGUAACAAUAUUACACGUUAUAAAUCCACUAGAAAUAUCAAAUUUACUUAAUGAAAUAGAAUCUAAUAUAAAAUCGGCAAAUCUGCAAGUAGGACAAGCAAUACUAAACAUGCAAAUUAAAUUUAUUAGAAGCAAGAUAAAUACUAUCACACCCCACAGACAAAAAAGAGGCCUACUAAAUGCUGUAGGAACUGUACAAAAAUGGCUUUACGGUACCAUGGACGACAAUGAUAGACAAGACCUUGAACAACACCUCAACAUAAUCGACACAAACAACCACAAGGCUAUCGAAACAAUAAACAAACAAAUAGAUAUUAAUACUAAUUUCAAUAAAACGUUUCUUGAAUUAAAAAGACUUAUGCAUAACGAUAGGGAUAUGAUAUCUGCAAAACUAAACUCCAUAGGGAGCAUAAUUUCAUUGCUCGUACAUGAGCCCAUUUUCGGUUGGUACUUGCCAAACGACAUGCAGUACUCUUUUCCAAGCUUUAAUAUUGCCGUUUUAGACAACCAAAAAUAUUCCAAAAAGUCUACCACCUGUCAUUCAAUGCGUAAAUGGUUCGACCACAAUCACAUUUACCAGCUCAAUGAGGGAAACUAA